UGUGACCGUGUAUGUAGUAUGUGGUAGUAUGUGCGGAGUGACAAGGCGCACUUGACAGCUUGCUUUGAUCAGUGAUACACACGCAAGUUCCGUACCGAGUGACGUAGCGACUCGCCUCCAUGCAUUCGUGAAGAGUACACGAGAGAGCGAUGAAUGCGACUCCGAGACUUGCGCAAGCGUUGUGAUUCGUGCGGAAGCUGCGCGGAAGGUCGACGUGAUCUAACAUUCCCGGGAAGCCGUACAUGAGCCGCAAGUGCACGUUGCUGACAAGUGGCAACCUGCUCCUCUCGCCGUUUAGUGUAACGCAUCUAACGUUCGUUCCCGACGUGCUUCCGAACGGCCGAUUACCAAAUGUCAAAGAACAAACUCAACUUAACGCUACCACCUGGCUCGAUAGAACCAGUGCCAGCAGUGUCACCGUCACCGCCGGUGCCACCCUUGCCCGUGGGCAACUCCGAGACCAACUCGGAACCAUCAGUGAUACCCAACAAUGUGAUGGGUAGCAUGAACAUUGAUGUUAUUCAAGAGAAAUUCGAGGAACUAGAAAUGGACGAGGAGCAGAGGAAACGACUGGAGAGCUUUCUGGGGCAGAAAGAGAAAGUCGGAGAAUUGUGCGAUGAGGAUUUUGAGAAGUUGGGCGAACUGGGCGCUGGUAACGGCGGUGUUGUCAUGAAAGUUAGGCACAAAAAGUAUGGCCUUAUAAUGGCAAGGAAGUUGAUACAUUUGGAGGUGAAGCCAGCGAUUAAGAAGCAAAUAAUCAGAGAGUUGAAAGUACUCCACGAGUGUAACUUUGCGCAUAUAGUUGGGUUUUACGGCGCUUUUUACAGUGACGGAGAAAUUAGCAUAUGCAUGGAGUACAUGGAUGGUGGAUCCUUAGACCUGAUAUUGAAAAAAGCAGGACGAAUUCCAGAACCAAUCCUAAGCACAAUCACAUUCGCUGUGCUAAAGGGCUUGAGUUACUUGCGGGACAAACACGCUAUAAUGCAUCGCGACGUGAAGCCGAGCAACAUUUUGGUCAAUAGCGCGGGAGAAAUUAAGAUAUGCGAUUUCGGUGUCUCCGGGCAAUUGAUCGAUUCGAUGGCCAAUUCGUUCGUCGGCACACGAAGUUACAUGUCGCCAGAGAGACUGCAAGGGUCACAUUAUUCGGUACAAAGCGAUAUCUGGUCGUUGGGACUAUCGCUGGUUGAAAUGGCAAUCGGUCAAUAUCCCAUUCCGCCACCGGACGAGAAGACUUUAACUUCCAUAUUCAGUCCACAGUCGGUUCAACCGCCCGUGGAGAAUGCGACGAGCAGUGUACCCACGCCGACUACUCAGUCGCCAGGACAUAGCGCAAACAGUCCGAGACCCAUGGCCAUAUUCGAGCUGUUGGACUACAUAGUGAACGAGCCGCCGCCGAAACUACCGCCCGGAGUGUUCAGUGACACCUUCACGGAUUUCGUCGACCGGUGCUUGAAGAAGAAUCCAGCCGAUAGAGCGGACUUGAAGACGUUAAUGAAUCACGAGUGGAUAAAGAAGGCCGAGUCGGAGAACGUGGACAUCGCCGGAUGGGUGUGCCGCACGAUGGACCUGCAGCCAACUACGCCAACACGCUUAGCAAGCGUGCAGUCCUGAAUAGAUGUAACUCUUACAUACUUGGCUACAUAUAUGCGCGUUCGGUAUUCCUAAGUCACUUUUAAGUUUAUCUUAGGUUCUAUUCGGUCGAACAGUGGCGUUUAUCCGUUGUACUCUCUCUUCUUCGGUCUCGCGGUAUCUUUUAAUAAAAUCCACGCAUCAGGACUCAGGAUGCGUUCGCGUCCAGCACCGGGCGAUUCGUACGUGGUAUAUAGUAGGAAUUUUACCCUGCGGGAACGGUUGUUAGGACCAAUCGAUUGAUGUACUGUGUAUUGAUGUCACUUAUCUCGUCGUCGGUCUCUCUUGAUUUUGACGGGGGGGAAGCGUAAUUCGAGUGUAAUACGAUAUAGAUGAUGCAAUCUUUUGAAACUGUUGUCGCCGAGAGCGCUACGUCGUCAUCGAGAUGAUCGUUUGCACGCAGCACGCCACUGUGCCAGGUAUUAAUUUCGGAGGUUUCACUUUUAUGUGUUCCUUUUAAACUUUGGUUGAAAGUAUGUAAGACGAGAAAAGUAUCACAAUAUAAGUUCAUUAUUAGAGACUCAUGGGCAAAUUGUGUUCCCCGUGAUAUGAUAUUUAGGAUACACGAAUGUGAACAUCGAACAUAUAAGAGAAAGAAAGGGGAAGAGAGAGAGAAAGAGAGAGAGAGAGAGAGAGAGAGAAGAGAAAGGAAGAAAAUAUCGUUUGAAGAAGUGAACAACAAGAAAAGAAAAAUUAACUAGAUCAAGUUACUUGUAUAACAUUUGUACCUGACAUCCGUAGGAGCGUUAUUUACACGAUCAAAAAACUUUAUUCUAUGGUCACGUUGAACUGUUGUUGGUUUCUCUUAGCAAUGCAUGGCUGCGAUUAAGCGUGAUUCCGAGUCUUAUGUUCUCUCUUCUACAUAGAUGAGACACAUCUCUCAUUACGAGACGAUUCAUUCAGAGAGAAGAAUAGAAAGAAGGAAAGGAGGAGAAUAUAUGAGAAACGUUUUCUGGGAAGGAGAGGCUUAAACCUGAUUUGUCACAUAAUCGCGGCCUCACGAAUAAUUGAAUACUUCGUAACACGGUUUGAUCUACGUUCACAUAUUCAAUAGGUAGUAUUAAUCUGUGAAUCCUUUUGCUGCAAAGGAUGAACAGUACGUCGCAUCGCAGUCUCAUUGUUUGAAAAUUAAAGAGAGGAAAAGAGAAGGAGAAAGAGAGAGAGAGAGAGAGAGAGAGAGAGAGAGAAUGAGUGAGAGAAACAAAGAAAAAGAAAGAAGGGACUCGUCUGCAGCGAAAGGAUUGACCCUUGUGUGUGUACAAACGCACGCUGGAUCCGUUCGUGUGCAGUUUUUAUAGGGCGUAUUUCUCAAAAAUGUCAAGCCGCUUGUGACUAUCAACGACCAACUUGAAAUUCACGAGUUCACAUUCGAGAAGUAGAUAUGAUGUAAUGCAGGUAUGUGUUAUAAUGCAGGUCUCUGAUUUUCCACCGUUUUCUUUCGUGUUGUACGCGUCGUAUUAUCGUCAAGUGUAUGUUAUCGUCAAGUGUAUGUUAUCGUCAAGUGUAUGUUAUCGGCAAGUGUAUGUUAUCGUCAAGUGUAAAUAUGAGCUGCCGCUCAUAUUUAAGUAGACGUUUGAUUUUUUUAGUACUUAACAAUUACACAAUAUCAUUGGUGAGAGAGAAAGAGAGAGAGAGAGAGAGAGAGAGAGAGAGAGAGAGAGAGAGAGAGAGAGAGAGAAAGGGAGAGAGGAGAGAAAGAAUCGAAAGAGAUUUAAUAUAUCCGUCGGAAUUAUGAGCGCGAGUUGGUCCGUCAGUGACAGUGCAAUAGGAUCAUUGUGGAGCACAGGAUUAGACUGUACACAUAUAUUCAAAUCAUAAUAGUACCAUCAAUUUGUGAAUUCGUUGGAACUUCUUAUUCCGAACACGAUAUAUUUUAUAGAUGCAGUCUACAAAUUAGUCUCGCGUUGCGUGUGACAGUAGCCGUCUCCGAAUUGGCUUAAAAAUUGUCGGAUUGUGUUACGAGUAUAUCUUGACAUUUGUGAGCGAGAUAUUUCCCUUUCGAUCUUUCCGCCCCCUAGUAUGCGUAGAAGCGUAAGACGCUCAAAAACUGUCAUGUUAUGUUUAUCUCGCAAUUAACAGCAACAUCAAUAACAACAAUAUAUAUAUAUAUAUAUAUAUACAAUUGUUGUUAUAUACAUGAAACAAACGCAUAUAAUGCCAUUUGUUGUAAAGUGAUCUCUAUAAUCGACUACAGGAGGACAAUAUACACAUAUGUUUAGCUACAAAAAGAUCACAUCGUAAAGUGUAUGAGAUAUUUCCAUAUAAUUUAGCGAUUUUAUCAAGCGAUAAAUCAUAAUCUCUCGCGUAAAGGCUCAUAAUUCCUAUCACUUAUUAAAAUACGUGCACAUUCCUUGUUGCAAAUAUGUGCAUAACAAUUACAGUUGUAUGGAUUCACUGUCUAAGCGUCAUAAUUGUAAGUACAAUAAAAUUAUCAAUAUUGCAAGU